GGAGGUGAAAGCAUUACCGACUCAGACGUGCUUGGCGCUGGAGGGGCGCUCCUCCGCCCAGAGCCCGUCCGUCCAUCCGUCCGUCCGUCCGUCCGUCCGCCUCCUAGGUCCUUCUCUGCCUCCAGCUGGACGCGCCCCAGGCUGAGCCGAAGCUCCUCCUCCGAUCCCCACCUCUGCCCAGAACACCCGCCAUGGGGACCCCCACCAGGAGGAAGCUCCACGUGCUGCUGCUGGCCGCUGUGGCCCUCCUCUCUUCUCCAGCCUGGACUUCAGCCCGGGGAGCCCUGGCGACCUUUGGGCCUGUCUUUGAAGAGCAGCCCCUGGGUCUGCUAUUCCCAGAGGAGUCCACAGAGGAGCAGGUGCUGCUGGCGUGCCGGGCCCGGGCCAGCCCUCCGGCCACCUACCGGUGGAAGAUGAACGGCACCGAGAUGAAGCUGGAGCCCGGUUCCCGUCACCAGCUGGUGGGCGGCAACCUGGUCAUCAUGAACCCCACCAAGGCGCAGGACGCGGGGGUCUACCAGUGCCUGGCCUCCAACCCAGUGGGCACUGUCGUCAGCAGGGAGGCCGUCCUCCGCUUCGGCUUUCUGCAGGAAUUCUCCAAGGAGGAGCGAGACCCAGUGAAAACCCACGAAGGCUGGGGGGUGAUGCUGCCCUGUAACCCGCCCGCCCACUACCCAGGCUUGUCCUACCGCUGGCUCCUCAACGAGUUCCCCAACUUCAUCCCGACGGACGGGCGUCACUUCGUGUCCCAGACCACAGGGAACCUGUACAUUGCCCGGACCAAUGCCUCAGACCUGGGUAACUACUCCUGUCUGGCCACCAGCCACAUGGACUUCUCCACCAAGAGUGUCUUCAGCAAGUUCGCUCAGCUCAACCUGGCUGCCGAAGACACCCGGCUCUUCGCGCCCAGCAUCAAGGCCCGGUUCCCAGCAGAGACCUAUGCGCUGGUGGGGCAGCAGGUCACCCUGGAAUGCUUCGCUUUUGGGAACCCUGUCCCCCGGAUCAAGUGGCGCAAGGUGGACGGCUCCUUGUCCCCACAGUGGGCCACGGCCGAGCCCACCCUGCAGAUCCCCAGCGUCAGCUUCGAGGACGAGGGCACCUAUGAGUGCGAGGCGGAGAACUCCAAGGGCCGCGACACCGUCCAGGGCCGCAUCAUCGUGCAGGCGCAGCCCGAGUGGCUCAAGGUGAUCUCGGACACGGAGGCCGACAUCGGCUCCAACCUGCGCUGGGGCUGCGCGGCCGCCGGCAAGCCCCGGCCCACGGUGCGCUGGCUGCGGAACGGGGAGCCCCUGGCCUCCCAGAACCGGGUGGAGGUGCUGGCCGGGGACCUGCGGUUCUCCAAGCUGAGCCUGGAGGACUCGGGCAUGUACCAGUGUGUGGCCGAGAAUAAGCACGGCACCAUCUAUGCCAGCGCCGAGCUGGCCGUGCAAGCACUUGCCCCCGACUUCAGGCUGAGUCCUGUGAGGCGACUGAUCCCUGCGGCCCGCGGGGGCGAGGUCGUCAUCCCCUGUCAGCCCCGGGCGGCUCCGAAGGCCGUGGUGCUCUGGAGCAAAGGCACCGAGAUUUUGGUCAACAGCAGCAGAGUAACUGUAACUCCGGAUGGCACCUUGAUCAUAAGAAACAUCAGUCGGUCAGAUGAAGGCAAAUACACCUGCUUUGCUGAGAACUUCAUGGGCAAAGCCAACAGCACUGGAAUCCUGUCUGUGCGCGAUGCAACCAAGAUCACCCUAGCCCCCUCGAGUGCUGACAUUAACUUGGGUGACAACCUGACCCUACAGUGCCAUGCCUCUCAUGACCCCACCAUGGAUCUCACCUUCACCUGGACCCUGGAUGACUUCCCCAUCGACUUCGAUAAGCCUGGGGGGCACUACCGGAGGGCUAACAUGAAGGAGACUGUAGGGGAUCUGACCAUCCUGAACGCCCAGCUGCGCCACGGCGGGAAGUACACGUGCAUGGCCCAGACGGUGGUGGACAGCGCGUGCAAGGAGGCCACGGUCCUGGUCCGAGGUCCGCCAGGUCCCCCAGGAGGCGUGGUGGUGAGGGACAUCAGCGACACCACCGUCCAGCUCAGCUGGAGCCGUGGCUUUGACAACCACAGCCCCAUUGCCAAGUACACCCUGCAAGCUCGCACUCCACCUGCAGGGAAGUGGAAGCAGGUUCGGACCAAUCCCACGAACAUCGAGGGCAACGCCGAGACCGCCCAGGUGCUGGGCCUUACGCCCUGGAUGGACUAUGAGUUCCGGGUCGUAGCCAGCAACAUCCUGGGCACCGGCGAGCCCAGUGGGCCUUCCAGCAAAAUCCGGACCAAGGAUGCAGCCCCCUCAGUGGCACCUUCAGGACUCAGUGGAGGAGGUGGAGCCCCGGGCGAGCUCAUUGUGAACUGGACGCCCGUGUCACGGGAGUACCAGAACGGAGACGGCUUCGGCUACCUGCUGUCCUUCCGCAGGCAGGGCAGCACUGGCUGGCAGACCGCCCGCGUGCCCGGCGCCGACGCCCAGUACUUCGUCUACAGCAACGACAGCGUCCGGCCCUACACGCCCUUUGAGGUCAAGAUCCGCAGCUACAACCGCCGCGGGGAUGGGCCCGAGAGCCUCACUGCACUCGUGUACUCGGCUGAGGAAGAACCCAGGGUGGCCCCCACCAAGGUCUGGGCCAAGGGGAUCUCAGCCUCAGAGAUGAACGUGACCUGGGAGCCCAUGCAGCAGGACAUGAAUGGCAUCCUCCUGGGCUACGAGAUCCGCUACUGGAGAGCUGGAGACAAAGAAGCAGCCGCUGACCGAGUGAGGACAGCAGGGCUGGACACCAAUGCCCGAGUCAGUGGCCUGCACCCCAACACCAAGUACCACGUGACCGUGCGGGCCUACAACCGGGCCGGCACUGGGCCUGCCAGCCCUUCUGCCAAUGCCACGACCAUGAAGCCCCCUCCACGACGACCUCCUGGCAACAUCUCCUGGACUUUCUCCAGCUCCAGUCUUAGCCUUAAGUGGGACCCUGUGGUCCCUUUCCGCAAUGAGUCUGCAGUCACUGGGUAUAAGAUGCUGUACCAGAAUGACUUGCACCCGACACCCACGCUCCACCUCACCAGCAAGAACUGGAUAGAAAUCCCAGUCCCUGAAGACAUUGGCCAUGCCCUGGUACAGAUUCGGACCACGGGGCCUGGAGGGGAUGGGACCCCGGCAGAAGUCCACAUCGUGAGAAAUGGAGGCACAAGCAUGAUGGUGGAGAACUCGGCCGUCCGCCCGGCGCCGCACCCCGGCAUCAUCCUCUCCCACUCCAUGGCCAUGCUGGUCCUCAUAGGGUCCCUGGAGCUCUGAUCCCGGCACCCUCCCCCUGUGCCACAGCUGGCCGCCACCUCCGGGGGACACAGCCAGCUGGCUCCGGCCCCUUCCUGCUGCCGAGGUGGCCCAACACUGUGCCCAAGAGUGGCUGGUUUUAAACACCUACUUUAAACAGUGCUCUUUUUGUAGGAGGCAGGAUAUUUUAUAUUCUGCCACAGGUUAGAACCCACGCGAGGAUUUUUUUCUUUAAAUGAAGAGGCACCGGGCGGUCACGUCUAUGAUGCUACUAAACCCCGUGCCUGGGCCCUCUGCGGUGCCUGGAUGGAAGGAACAGGCCUACGGGAAGAAGGGGGCUUUAAACACGUACCUUCAACUCAGCACAGGUGGCACUCUGGGACCGCAUGUGGCUCUGCACUUGAGGCCUGGCGGGAACGGCAGGCACGCACAGGCUGAGGAUGUGGGACAGGCGUAAACGUCAGCAUCCUUCAGUCCCAGGAGAGCAGCAAACCCUGGGACCAAGAACUCUCCGACUUUCUCCUCUUGAGGAGCGGCACUGCUGGACCCUGACAUUGUCCUCGAUGACUCCCUAGGGACCCCUGUCCGCCCAGGCGGCUGAGGGCCAGUGUCCUGAGCCCGAGCCCCUUCAGCUUUGGGGAAUGACACUCCAGGCUGCUAGGGGUGGGAGCUAAAAAGGGUUGAGAGGCCAGGGCACCUGGUGGAAAGGGGCCCCAGCCUUGGUCUGAAGCAGUCACAAUCCAGGUGACGUUAACCUCUCAGCCAACACUGCCAACCCGACCUGUCACCCCCAGAGUGACAGAGCCACUUAAGGUGGCUGGGUGACUAAAGGGCUUGUCUUGGGGAGGUGCCCCGCCCCACCAAGACCCAUCCUGCACAGUCCGUACAGGUUUGGGCCAGAGACAGCCGGUCGUGCACCCGCCUCUGCCAGCUCUGCCCGCAGACCCGCGGCUGCCUCCUGCCUGCAGGCCGGGAUUCCGUUCUCCCAGCUCUGACCCCGCACCUGGGAGAGCAACGCGGCACAGGCUCUCUGUUCUGCAAUCGGAAGGCUUCUGAGAAGGGCAAAGGAUCAAUGGGGCCCUGCCUGCUCCCAGGAAUAUCCUUGACCACCUGGCAAGACCCACUCCCAGACUGCCUUGGACGCUCUUUUGCAUUUCCCCAGAAGAAAAUGGGGCUAAUAAAUGGGACAUCCUAUUUUGA